AUGGAGAACGAUGAUCGUUUCUGGCUCUGCCUGCAUGCUGGCAGGCUCCAAAGUCGUCAAGGGGCUCUUAGCGGCGAGGUUCUUUGGGCUUCGUGGAUGGAAGCAGUCGUCAAUCUCGAGGUGGCUCCGUUGGCGGUGACGCUGAUCUGGGCGGCGAGGGUUUGCUUCGCGAGGACGAGAGCAGCGCGAUCCCUCUCCACCGGCAUUCUGGAGCCCAGCGGAGCCCGAAGAAAACCAGACAACGAUUGUGACACCGUGCGACGAAGAUCUGCCAUUGCAAGGAGGACCGGGGCAGGGAGUCGAAACGGGAGCGAGUCCAAGCCGCAUUACAACAGCAUCGGGUUUGACACCGAGAAUCUGGAGUCAGACUUGGAGAUCGUCGAGGGUAGUUCGGCAGCAGGACGUUUCUCGUUGGAGGUCGAUGUUCCUCUGGGCGGCGAGACGGCGCCUUCUUUGGGAGAGAGCAAGGACUUGGACUGCAGCCAGUUCGUGCAAGUCAGCCGGCAGGCUGGAGUCGAGACGAUGAUGGUGCUUCCGCUGGAUGAGAUUUCGACCAAGGACUUCCAUUGCGAUACCACGACUGCCAACUCGACCACCAUCGACCAGAUCCAAAUCAACCAACACCCAUCUCAACCACUCGGCCAUCCUGCAUCCCAUCAGCCUCAUCCAGCUCCAACUCCCCCUCGCGCCAACACCACCAACCCAGAAGCAAGAAAGUCCAAAACAACAACGACCCAGAUCUCUCAGCACCAGUUUCAACGCCAGCGAGGCAUAUCGCCUGAACCACCCUCCUCACGGAGAGUGAUGGGACCAAAAGGUGCGCUGCCGAACAUCCCUCCCACCAAACGCAUCGACAACAGAAAAGAAAGACAGAACCCCAAUCACCCACGAUCAAGAGUCUACCACGAGCAGUCUGCAAGAAUCUUCAGUCCCAGCGCACCUCUCAGACAAGCCACCGACGAUUCCAUCUCUUCGGAGCCGGGCAAACUGGGUGUUCCACGCCGGAAUACGCAACCCAAAGCGACUUCGAAUGCAGAGCAACAGAAUGAGGAGGCACCGUAUGGUGAUCUCAUCUUUGCCACGGGCGCGAUGAGAGGUCUUGGCGUGAGCAAGGAGGCGACUGCAGCGAAGGACUAUCCGGGUUAUCUGAACCGGCAGCCCAAGGACAAAGAUGAUGGCGACGAUGGGAAUGCGAAGCCAUAG